AUGGAAGGCAUCUCAGGGCCCCACUACCUGCAGGCCGUCAGUGAGUUGAAAGCAAUCAAGGCGUCGUCGUUGGCAGCGAAACCUUGGGAUCAGCAGCGGAAGUCCCUGCACGAUCAGCUCGAUGUGACGAGGAAGAAGCUCGCCAACGCCAAGCAAGAGUGUGAUAAAUCAGUGGAGACCAUGGUGACAUUGGCCAACGAGUAUGAGAAGCAGGUCAAGCACGUCUCUGAUCUGACUGCAGAGGUGCAGCAGUUGGAGACCCAGCACCAGAUGGCGGUCCAGCAGGCGCUCAAGGAGCACGUGCCCGAGACCCCCACGCUGGAGUCGUACAUUACCAGCCAGUUCCCGCCAGGGCUCACGCCCUCCCCCGAGGUGCAGAUGGCGGUCGCGCAGCUCUCCGCCAAGCUGCACGAGGAGUGGACCAAUGCCCAGGCGAACAUCCUGUCGCAGCAGUCCCAGGCCCCAGCCUCGCAGGGCAACGAGGCGCCCGCGGAGGCCGCUCCAGGGGGGGGCGGGGGCCUCAGCGCGGCUGCCGACGCGGCCCUCGACGCGGAGCAGUCGGCCAUGGAGGAGGAGGUGGAGCACCAGCGCCUCGCGGGCAUCAAGCGCGCGGGGGAGGCGCUCGGCCAGGUGCUCAACCUGCAAGGCCAGAACGUCUCGCAGACGGAGGAGCAGCAGGGCCAGGUCGCCGAGCUCCAGAAGGCUGCCAAGACCCUGUGCGUCGCCGCCAAGGGCAAAGGCGGCAAGGGGCCAGACGGCAAGUCGUGUGGGUAA